UUUUGUUUAAGACUAUUUUAUAACUUAAUUUAGAUUCUUUUCUUGUUUAGUGGUAUUUAAAUUUCAUUUGAUGACACAAAAGUAGUUUUUCUUCAUAUUUGUUUGUUUCUACAAGUGUCUCUCUGCUUCUUCUUCACUCCCCCUUUUACAGAUUAUCUCUGUUUUUUUCUAUAACAUACAUGUUUUCCAUUCAGUACACAUUUUGUUCUUUCUCCUAAAAAAAAUUCUUUUGGAAACAUAUGGUGGAAGAAGCAAUUUCUUGUGAUAAGUGGUUGAAAAGUUGGUUGAUAUUCUGAUGGAAAUUGAAAAGGCUAGUGGGUAUUUUUUUUAAGGAAUUUUAUUUUAAACCCAUUUUUUUAAUCAAAUAGUAAAUACAAAAAAAAAUUGAAGUAAAAAAUUUGAAAAAAAAAUUGGAAAAAAAAUGGAAGCAGAAGAUAAUCAAAAGGGUUUAGAGAGGGUAUUAUCACAGAAGGCUUUGGCAAUGAGCAGUUCAUUUCCAUGUCAAAUAUGUGUGGUGGGUUUUUUGUGUGGAGUUUGUCUAACUUCUUUAUUCAUGGCUUCUCUUACUUCUUUUGGUCAUUUUCAAUUCAAUGGGAUUCAAUUUCAUCAUAUUUCAGCUGGGAUUUUACCAUGGAAUUCUGAUUCUCUCAUUACUUAUGGAGAUAAUAACUCCAUAACAUUAAGAACAAUGGAGAAAGAAGUAAACCCAAGUGGAGAAAAUUGGUGUUGUAAUGAGGAAAAAGUAUCAUUGCUAUAUUCAGCUUGGAGUACCUUACUAAAUGAAUCCCUAGACCCAUCAGCGAACGAACAGCCUAGUGUUCCAAACGCCCCUCAUUUGGAAAAUUGCAAGUUAAGAGCAAAAACGAACAAGCGACUUGAUGAACGCGUUGGUAACGCAACAUUUCCCCCUUGGACCCUUUGGAAAGGAUCAUUAGACGUCUACUCGAAGGUUUCGGAGGACCUACAAUUGAGUGAUUUCCGACAUCAAGAUAUAUUGGAAGGUGCUUACCCUCCUUGGAUUACAGGAUCGGAUGAGGAAAAUUAUCCCUUGACGAGGAAGGUCCAGCGUGAUAUAUGGCUGCAUCAGCAUCCUUUGAACUGCCAUGAUCCUCGAGUGAAAUUUCUUGUGGCUGAUUGGGAAAGGCUACCGGGUUUUGGUAUAGGUGCACAAAUUGCGGGAAUGUGUGGACUUCUCGCUCUUGCGAUUACUGAGAAGCGGGUGCUUGUAACGAAUUACUACAACCGUGCUGAUCAUAAUGGCUGCAAAGGCUCAUCUCAUGCACAUUGGUCGUGCUACUUCCUUCCGGAAACAUCCCAAGAAUGUCGUGAUCGUGCUUUUGAACUCGUGCAUCGAAAAGAAGCGUGGGAUGAGGGUAUUAUAAAAGCGAAAGAGAACUACACAUCUAAAGAAAUUUGGGCCGGUCGGACUCCAAGAAACUGGGGUACUCCUUGGAGUUAUUUGCAACCUACAACGGAGAUUAAUGGGAGUUUUGUAGGGUUUCAUCGGAAAAUGGAUCGAAGAUGGUGGCGAGCACAGGGUGUACGAUACUUGAUGAGGUUUCCGACUGACUACACAUGCGAACUAAUGAAUGCUGCCCGGCAUGCUGCAUUUGGGAAGGAAGCUGCCAAAAUGGUUCUCUCAAAUUAUAAGGAGGAAUGGCUUAAGGAAAAUUCAGACCACCCUGCAUCAGAAAUAGAAAAAUAUGUGUGGUCUAAUCACAAACCCUGGAUACCGAGACCAAUUCUAAGCAUGCACGUACGAAUGGGAGACAAAGCUUGCGAAAUGAAGGUCGUUGAGUUCAACGAGUACAUGCGCCUUGCUGAUAAGAUACGAAAACAAUUCCCAAAUCUCCGAAGCAUCUGGCUAUCAACCGAGAUGCAAGAAGUUAUCAACCUGACCGAGCAUUACACACCGUUUGGAUGGAACUUCUAUUACACAAAUGUAAAAAGGCAGGUCAAUAAUAUUACGAUGGCAACCUAUGAGGCGAGCCUAGGAAGAAAAACAAGUACGGAAUAUCCUUUAGUCAAUUUCUUGAUGGCUACUGAGGCGGAUUUCUUCAUAGGUGCGUUGGGUUCAACUUGGUGUUUUUUGAUCGAUGGCAUGAGAAACACCGGAGGUAAAGUUAUGGCGGGAUAUCUUAGUGUUAAUAAGGACAGAUUUUGGUGAACGGAAAAGGUCGGAAAGUGUAUAGUUCAUCUUGGAUUCUGAUAACAUUCAAUCACAAUUUUGCUACAUUUUGUACAAAAAUAAGGGAAAUAUGUAUAUUUGAGGUUCAUAAUUGUACCAUAUAUGAUUUUGAUUUAUCAGACUUUAAGCUGGCAAAAAAUGACUUAAUAUGACAAUGAUUGAAUAGUUAGUGUCUAGGCUUCUCAACCAUGUAAGAGAGAAGGGUCAA